GAUACACUUGAAACUUCAAAAGCUUCUUCAACCCUCAGUUCACCUUUUCGACGUCGGAAAAUUCUAUAAACCCAGAAAUUCUCCAAAAAUCGGAGCAGCCUUCGCAAGUCGAAACAUCUCUCAACGGUUUCCGGCGACAGCCACGGUCGACGGUGCAAUCUGCGAUGAAAAUAGCUGUAGAAGGAUGCAUGCAUGGAGAUUUGGACAAUGUAUAUGCUACUCUUUUACACCUGCAAGAAGUUGAGCAAAUCAAGAUUGAUCUUCUCAUUUGCUGUGGGGAUUUUCAGGCUGUUCGGAAUAAGAAAGAUCUCGAAAGCUUAAAUGUACCACUUAAGUAUCAGGCCAUGAAUUCUUUCUGGAAGUAUUACUCGGGGGAGAAAGUUGCACCGUUUCCAACUAUAUUUAUUGGUGGAAAUCAUGAAGCGUCAAACUAUCUAUGGGAAUUAUAUUUCGGGGGAUGGGCUGCGCCGAAUAUAUACUUUCUUGGAUUUGCAGGAAUAGUCAAGUUUGGCAAUGUUCGUAUCGGUGGACUUUCUGGAAUUUAUAAAGCAAAUCACUAUCGUUUAGGACACUUUGAGAAGCUGCCUUACAACGACCAAGAUAUACGGUCUAUAUAUCAUGUUCGUGAGUAUGAUGUUCAUAAACUGAUGCAAGUUCAAGAACCAAUUGAUAUAUUUCUUACUCAUGAUUGGCCUGUCGGUAUUACUGACCACGGGGAUUCAGAAAAACUUAUACGCCAAAAACCUCAUUUCACACAAGAGGUUAUGGAAGGAAGAUUGGGAAGUAGAGCUGCAGCCGACUUGAUGGCCAAGUUGAGGCCUUCACAUUGGUUUUCUGCACAUUUACACUGUAAAUUUUCUGCUCUUGUUCAGCACGGAAAUAACGGCCCUGUCACAAAAUUUCUUGCCCUCGAUAAGUGCCUCCCUGGACGAAAAUUUCUACAAGUUAUCGAAAUUGAAUCAGGGGCAGGGCCUUUUGAUCUUCAGUACGAUGAAGAAUGGCUUGCAGUAACAAAAAAAUUCACCCCAAUUUUUCCUCGUACUAGAAUGCGUGCAAACUUUAGCGAUGCUAAGCUGAACAUAGAGGAGUGCCGCCGAUUUGUCAGGAAUAAGCUUCAAACACGAGGCAGCAAACCUUUUGAAUUUGUUCGAACUGCGCCAUGUCAUAAUCCUUCUCAAUCUGUUGCUAACAACAAUUUUUCUUCUGGACAUUGUCGAAACCCUCAAUCGGAAGCUCUCUUACAGUUGCUUGAACUCCAAUAUUGUCUAGAUACUUCUUCUACUCAAGUAGAGAAGCUAUAUCAAAGCCCACUUUUACCCACAGGAUCCGUUGAUUAUAAUAGUGAAGAUAUUCCAAUUGACGAUGAAGAUGAAGAUGAUGUCGACGAACUCCAGGAAAAGUAUGAUGGAAAAGUAUAGUGUUUAGUCAAAGCUUCAAGGAUAAAUGUGUUGGAUUACAAAUGUUGUACUAAUUUAUCAGGAAACAGCAGCCAUGAAUGUAGAAUGAGUAAAUUUUGUUAUCGUGCAAUAUCUCACAACUACAUGGUAAUUAAGGGGUUUAAGAUAUAGGUACCUGGUGACAAAAUUUAUUAGUACUAAAUGACAACCUAUUUAAAUUUUUGCUAAAAAUCCAUUCCAAAAA